AUGCCAGUGCGAAUGCCAGUGCGAACCACCAGGUUGAUGUACAGGGGAAUUUGCACUAUUCCAGAUAUCCUGUCAUACCGGACCCCCAUUAACCUGCCUGAGGAUGAGGUGGAAGAGAUCCGCGAGGCCUUCAAGGUGUUUGACAGAGAUGGAAACGGCUACAUCUCAAAGCAGGAGUUGGGGGUGGCCAUGCGGUCGCUGGGAUACAUGCCUAAUGAGGUGGAGCUGGAGAUUAUUAUCCAAAGGCUGGACAUUGAUGGUGAUGGCCAGGUUGACUUUGACGAAUUUGUUGCCCUGCUUGGACCAAAACUUAUUGCUGCUGGGAUGCCUGAUAAGUUCCAUGGGGCAAACUUUGACUCUGUAUUUUGGAAGUGUGACAUGUCAAAGCUAACGGUAGAUGAGCUGAAGAGGCUCCUGUAUGACACGUUCUGUGACCAUCUCACCAUGAAAGACAUCGAGAACAUCAUCAUGACCGAGGAGAGCCACCUGGACAACCAAGUGUGCCAAGUGGACAUUGACACGAGCCCGACACAACAGGUGAAGCACACUUGUGUGCGGAAGAGUCUGAUUUGUGCUUUUGCCUUUGCAUUUAUCAUCAGUGUAAUGCUUAUUGCAGCUAACCAGAUGCUCCGUAGAGGUAUGAAGUAG